AUGGCUCUGAAUGGACUGCGCACAGAUCCAAAUGUAGCUGGGACAGAAAAAAUUGUGGUGACCAAGUUGGAUGACAAGUGGCUCUCCAGCCCCAAGGUUUUCUUGUCUGCGGCAGACAUCGGUGUGGAAAGAGGCCUCCUCCCACCCGAGUCCUGCUUCAUGGUCAAGGGGUGGAAUAGGGGAGUGUGUGCCAUCAUUGUCAUGAUGGCCAUGACCGAGCUGGUGGAGUUUCGGGAGGUCGCUGCAGAUUUGGCUGAGUGCGUGGAGUGCAACAGAGGAGUGACCCUUCAGGCAACUUCAAUUCGCAGAAGGCCAAACGCCUUUAAUUUUCUGCACCAGAUGGAGGCUUUGCUGCGUAUUGGGAGCACAAGUGAUGCUGCAAUGAAUGGUUUGCAGGCCCUCCAGAAUGCUGCAUCAUUUGCUGCAGCUUACCAAAUUGGUCGCUUAGAAUCUGGGGCAGCUGUGAAUCUCUUGACUGCUGUGACAGAAAAGACGAGGGAAGGACUCAAGGUCCUUGUGAGGCUCUUUGGCCAGCCAAAAUUUCUGCUGCACGAUGGCUUGGCUGCGGGGAUCAUGAAUGUCACUUACAAUAGUGCUACAGGUGCUUUGGAACCAUGGGACAGAGUUUUGGGCAACUCCCAGCAACUCCCAGGAUAUUGUUGA